AUGGCCGCCGACGACAGCCACAAGGCCCAGACCAAGUGCGUCACUCCAGAUAUCAACAAGGAGUACGGCCACCCCGACGGCAACGCUGGCAGUGAUGUACAAGUCAAGGACAACGGUCAGGCGGGUGACGACGACGAGGGCAACGGCGAGCAAUCCGGUGAUGUCGACAUGGACAGCCACAAUACCGACUCAUACGGAGCGUACAUCAAGAAGUCUAAGGAGCUCAAGAGCCAGAUGCGAAUGCAUUUCAGCAACGGCAACAUGGCGCAGUUUGAUCGCGUCCAGCGGGAAUUCCGCGAACAUGACUUGCUUGGUGAAGUGGAGGCCGAAUUGCUUGAUCUGAACACUGCAGCAGCAUUGAUCGCUCUCAGCCGCAGCAGUACUGAUUAUCAACACGUUCAUCGCCGCCACGCUGCCCAGGUCCUACCUCAGCCGUCUACCCAAGUUCUUCCUCAGCUGUCUGCUCAACCCUUCUACGCACACUUUUUCCCUUGGAAUAACGCUGCCGGCGGCCGGUCAACUUCUGGACCGACCAGUACCGCUGCGACAGAUCAAGUGGAUUCUGCGGCCCAACACGGUUCGACCGCAUCAUCAGUCGCAGUACAACUUGUGGCUCCUGUCCGUCCGGCUCGUGUUCUUGCGGUUCCACAAGCCUCGCCGCCAACAACCCUCAAUCUCCUCCCCACUCUGCCUUUGGAGCCUUACGCCGACAACGAUACCUUGGGAAAAAGCGGUGGCGGGAAGGGCUUAAAAGGCAAGAACGAGGCUCUCUAUCGCACCGCGCCACCCCCGAAUUUGGACUACAAUUUGCUCGAUUUCGAAAUCACUCUUCUGGAGAUGGCGGCGUACACUCCACUAGCAUACCUGUUGAGAGGUUUCCUCGCUCGUGUCCGCGCCUGCACAACCUGGAUCGUCAUGGCUAGGAUGAUACUUUGGGCUAGAAAUCUUGACAAUGACCCUGACCUGGUCAAUAAGGUCGAAAACCUCCGCUGUACGAUGCAGCAACAGGGUGCAAAGCCUACCGACGCCGAUCCUACCAGUGCCGAUAAAUCUGCUUCCUCCUGGGACCGUGAAAAGAAGUUCUUCACCAAGGCCUCACGGACCCUGACGGAAGAUGUAUCUCUACUUCGGCUUAGCCACAGUGUUGUGCGCCACCCUCAAGGUCAACAUCGUGGUCGUCUCACCAUCGCCAUCGAACAUGCAACGUUGCAUGGUCAUCAGCACGUCAUGCUCAGCCAGGUGGAACAGUACAUUCAGGCUUUCCGUCUGAAUGUACCUGGACCUCUCGCUGCGGGUGCCGACUUGGCAGCUGUCAACGACUUCCUGGUUACGUGGGCGUUGCGGCAUCCACCUACAUGA